AUGAGCGUGCUCGCGGCCGCGGACGCGGGGGCUCUCGUGGCGGAGCGCGCGGCCCCGCCGGCCGCCGCCGCCGACGACGUCGCCUCGGCGACCCUCGCGGCGCAGGCCCGCGUCGUCGACGCGCUCUCCUACGUCGAGCCCUACGCGGCGGCGGCGGCGGCGGCGCUCGUCGAGGCGGAGCUCGCGCGCGGCGGCGCGGCGCCGCCCGCGUCCCCGGCCCUGGCCGUGGCGGCGCCGGUCUGGCCGCGGUCCGCGGUCCUCGAGGCCGAGCUCGCGCGCGCGGCGUCGGGCGCGGACCUCGCGCCGCUCGAGGUCUCCCGCUACGCGUGCGACGCGCCGCCGGACGGCUCCGGCGCGGCGGCGUGGCGCGCGGCGGCGGACAACGCCGCGGCGCAGCUCGGGCACCAGGCGAACCGCGUCGUCAACCUCGAGCUCGCCGAGGCCUUCGGCGAGGCGGCGUGGCGCCGCCACGCCGCGGACCUCGCCGCGGCGCGCGACGCGCUCCGCGCGAGCGCGCGCGGCGCGCGCGCGGCCGCGGAGCGCGUCAACGCCGCGCGCCGCGCGGACCAGGAGCGGCUCGCGCCGGAGAUCCUCCGGGCCGAGCGGCGCUGCGCCGCGCGGCUCGAGGCGCGCGGCGCGCUCGAGGCCGAGGUCGCCGGGCUCCGCGCGCGCGUCGCGGCCGGGGACGCGCGCGCGGGCGCGUAG